UCCUUCUCAAUGAUGCAUUAUAAUUUGUUGAAAGCUGGUAUAUUUCUCCUUAUUCUUUCUUUUCCUUGUUUAUGCCUCAGGUUUCUAGAGCCGACUCAUCAUGUGUGGUCUUGCAUUGGGGUUUCCUCUGUAUCAAUUUUGUCCUGGGCCCAAAUCAUCAAAACUGGUUACAGUCUACAUUUUGGUGCUGAUUCUAUCAGUCAGUUUCACUUCCGGCCAAAGAAGCUACUUUAGCCACCAGAUUGACAAUCGAAGUCCGGAGAUUGAUCCAUUUUGGUAUGUGGGGCGUGGAGUUCGACCCAUUGGCCGGUUUGGGAAAAGGCAGCUGAAGUUCACUCGGAAUAAUCUGCGGUCUGCGAGCAGCAGCUUGGAUCUUAUCUUGACUGCUUUACAAAAACAAGCAGCACUAGAAGCAGAUGAUGAUGGCUGGUGACUUUCUUCCUGCUCAUUAUACUUAACAGAAACAAACUUUCUUUUCUUUUCUUCUUUUUAAGUGCCAUCUCCUUUCUACACACCCAUGCUCAUUUGCCUGGUCUAGAUUUGCUGCCCUGUACUUAUUUUGUGUGCAAAUGGCAUGUACUUAAGAUUCAAAAUCUUGAAUCCAAUUCAUGUAGUGAGCACAAAUUCAGUCCCAUCUUCCACCCCAUUACCUUAGUCAGGAGACCAACAGUCUCAGAGCUGACCAUGAGAGCUGUUUAUGAUGGUCCAUACAGCAUGUGCCAUAAUGCGCACAUUACCAGAAACUGGAUGCAGGUGGACUUUACUCAAUGGGGCACCCAUUUGUAUGCACAGGACGCAGUGGUCACUUUUGCUAAACUGGGAUAACUUUACUAUUACAUUGGGCAAAAGAUGCCUGCAUUGCAGGGCGCUGGACCCUCGUGGUCCCUUCCAACUCUACAAUUCUAUGAUAGUUCGACCAAAAGUCUAUGCGCUUGAAAUAAGUUGUAUAAAAAGUUAUCGGCUGCAUCCUGUCCUGCAAUAUUUCACAGUGUGUUAUAAUAAAUGAAAACAACAUUGAUAAGAGCAUUAUGUAAUAGUC